UUAGAUUCUUGAUCAAAAUGCACAGGACUAAGUGAGCGAGGGACGAAAGUUAUAUAAGGGGUAAUUAACAUAAAGUCAAUCCACAUAUUGAUGUCUAUAAAUUCCAAGCUAGGAGUAUUCAACUCUUCUCGGGGCAUUGCUAUACCUAAUCCAUGCAGAAACAACCCAUCCUUAGAAGGUGCUUUGGCAAGAAGAUUGGCAAGAAAAAAAUGGUUGAUAGCAUAGCAAAAAGAUGGAAACAUCUUAGUGGUCAAAAUAAUUGGAAGGACCUAUUGGAUCCUCUGGACAUUGAUCUCCGGCGAUACAUCAUUCACUAUGGCGAAAUGGCUCAAGCUACUUAUGAUGCUUUCAAUACCCAGAAAGCAUCAAAAUAUGCUGGAAGCAGCCUAUAUGCCAAGGCUGAUUUUUUCCCCAAGGUUGGUUUAGAGAAAGGCAAUCCGUACAAGUACUCCGUGACCAAAUUUUUCUAUGCAACAUCAGAAAUCCCACUUCCUGAGGCAUUUAUCAUCAAGUCUUUGUCAAGGGAGGCUUGGAGCAAGGAAUCCAAUUGGAUAGGGUAUGUUGCGGUGGCCACCGACGAAGGGAAGGCCUUGCUAGGGAGGAGGGAUAUUGUGAUUGCUUGGAGAGGUACGGUGCAGACCUUGGAGUGGGUUAAUGAUUUUGAGUUUCUUUUAGUCUCAGCUUCAAAAAUACUUAGAAAUUCCGGUGAUCCUAAGGUGCACCAAGGUUGGUACUCCGUCUACACUUCUGAUGAUCCUCGGUCGCCUUUUAAUAAAAGCAGUGCUAGAGACCAGGUUCUUAAGGAGGUCAGGAGACUUGUGGAACAAUACAAGAAUGAAGAAAUCAGCAUAACGGUAUGUGGGCACAGCUUAGGAGCUGCACUUGCAACAUUAAAUGCGGUUGAUAUAGUUGCCAAUGGAUUUAACAAGUCCAAAUCCUUACCAAACAAAGCCUGUCUAGUCACAGCCAUUGUGUUUGCCAGCCCUCGUGUCGGCGAUUCAGACUUCAAGAAGGCAUUCUCUGGACAUAAAGAUCUUCGAAUGUUACGCAUUCGUAAUACCCUGGAUGUUGUUCCUAAUUAUCCAUUGAUAGGGUAUGCAGAUGUGGGAGAAGAAUUGAUAAUUGAUACCACAAAAUCCAAGUACCUGAAGAGCCCUGGAAAUGUGUCAAGUUGGCAUAAUUUGGAGGCCUACAUGCAUGGAGUUGCAGGAACACAAGGAUCCAAAGGAGGGUUUAACUUAGAGGUUAAUCGAGACAUUGCUCUUGUUAACAAAUCCUCAGAUGGCUUGAAAGAUGAGUAUCUUAUACCAGUUUCAUGGCGAAUUCAAAAGAACAAGGGCAUGGUGCAGCAACCAAAUGGUUCCUGGAAGUUGAUGGAUCAUGAAGAGGAUAAUGUUUCAGAUAUUUAGCUUGAAUUAAUAGUCAUUUUAUCAAUUUGGUCAGAUAUUAAUUGAGUGAACUAGAUAUCUUGGAGAAAAAAAAAAAAAUCCUGAGCUGAUAAUUAAUUAUGAUGUUUUAGAAUUAAGAAUGUGUUAGUUUGCCGUUACAUUAUUAAUUUCUUCUUCUAUAUAUCAUAAUAAUAUGUGAAUUGAAUAAAUGAGGAAAUUCCCAUUUAAUUCCAUGAAUUUUUGGAGCAAAUUGUAUCAAUCCAUUAUCAUUAUAAACGAUA